CUCCCUAUAUGAAACCCUAAAUCUCUCUCUCUCUCUCCGAGAUUAACCUUCACUCGCCGGAAAAAAUGGAGUCCUCCAAAUUCUUUGCCCUCUUCCUCAUUCUCUCCCUCUGCAUUUCCUCUUUUGUCCCUUCCCUCUCUUGCGGCUCCUGUAACCCUCCCAAGGACAAACCGGUCCACAAAAAACCUCCUUCCUCCUCCCCAAAGCUCCCUGUCCCUCCUGUGACCGUCCCGAACCUCCCCGUACCACCCGUGACCGUCCCCAACCUCCCUGUCCCUCCCGUAACCGUCCCCAACCUCCCAGUUCCUCCGGUGACCGUCCCGAAUCUUCCCGUCCCUCCGGUGACAGUUCCGAAGCUUCCCCUUCCUCUGCCGCCGUUGCCAGUGUUGAACCCACCGGCGACCGGAGGAAAUCCAUCGCCAUGCCCGCCGCCGCCUGGGAAGGCCGCAUCGUGUCCGGUGGACACAUUAAAGCUAGGGGCUUGCGUUGAUUUGCUUGGAGGGUUAGUGACGAUAGGGCUUGGGGACCCAGCGGUGAACAAAUGUUGUCCGUUGGUCCAAGGGCUUGUUGAAGUUGAGGCCGCAGUUUGUCUUUGCACUACGCUUAAGCUGAAAGCCCUUGACCUCCAAAUUUACAUUCCCAUUGCUCUUCAGCUUCUUGUGACCUGCGGCAAGACUCCGCCUCCGGGCUACACCUGCUCUCUUUGAAGGAUUUCGAGAUUGGUAGGAGCUUAAAAUGGCAUGAGAGGAUGCCAAAAGUCUCUCGAUUUCUCUAUUUAUCCAGUUUUAUCAAUAAUUUUUUUAUGUUCAUUUUUAUUUUAAUAUUAAAGCAUCAUUGAUUCUC